ACCUCCUCUUCGGUCAUGGCCGGAAGUGAUCGUUCGUCCAGUAUAGGCAUUUCCGGUGACGUCACGGCCCGGACUCCAUUAGUGCCGCAGCUGAGGGGGGAAGAAGCAGCCGCUGCCAGUGACAGCCCCGGAGCCGAGCAGUAUCGCGUCCCCCCCUCCCUCCCCGCUCCCCCCUUACCUCCCUCCUCCUCCUCCCUGUUCUCCUCCCCGGGAGGGGGACUGCGCCGUGUCCUCCCAACCUCCUCCACCACGGCCGCUCUCGGCGAGGAAAGUCUGGCCUCCGCUUCCUCCGACUCGGACACCGGGCGAGCGUCCCCUCCCCCGCGGAAGAAGCUCCGAGCCUCGGAGGGGGCAGCGGCAGAGGCGGCAGGGCUAGUCACAGGGAACAUGCAGGCAAACGGGGCGGCGGCGGGCGGAGCGGAGCCGGGGUCCCCCCCUUCCUCCUCCUCCCCCUCCUCGUCCUCCACCAUGGCCGCCCAGAACGGCGGAGAGCUGCCGGCCCACUCCAAUGGCCUCCUCGCCAGCAGCAACGGAGACUCCUGUGCCGCCAGCAGCAGCAGUGGCGGAGGAGGUGGUGGUGGUGAGGGCACCGAGCAGCCCGGCCUGAAGAAGAAGAAGAGGCUGAGCCAGGCAGACGAGGACGUCAUCCGUCUCAUAGGGCAACACCUGCACGGCCUGGGCCUCAACCAGACGGUUGACCUCCUCAUGCAAGAAUCAGGAUGUCGCUUAGAACAUUCUGCGGCUACCAAAUUCCGCAACCAUGUCAUGGAAGGGGAGUGGGACAAGGCGGAGAACGAUCUUAAUGAACUCAAGUCCUUAGUGCACACUCCUCAUUCAGUAAUGGCAUGUCGUCCAGCUGCUGGGAGUUCGGGAAGUGACCAUUCCUCCUCCUGCCCCACUACGGAUGUCAUCCGGCGGAUGAAGUUCUUAUUGCUACAGCAGAAGUACCUAGAAUACUUGGAAGAUGGCAAAGUCCUAGAAGCACUUCAGGUCUUGCGCUGUGAGCUGACACCAUUGAAAUACAAUACAGAGAGGAUUCAUGUCCUCAGUGGGUAUUUAAUGUGUAGCCAUGCUGAAGACCUUCGUGCAAAAGCAGAAUGGGAAGGUAAAGGGGCACCAUCUCGCUCUAAACUUCUCGAUAAACUCCAGACAUACUUGCCACCCUCGGUUAUGCUGCCCCCCAGACGCCUGCAAACUCUGCUACGUCAAGCGGUUGAGCUGCAGCGUGACCGGUGCCUCUAUCACAAUACAAAACUUGAUAACAAUCUGGAUUCUGUGUCCUUGCUGAUUGAUCAUGUCUGCAGCAGAAAACAGUUUCCAUGCUUCACACAACAAGUCCUUACAGAGCACUGUAACGAAGUGUGGUUCUGCAAGUUCUCCAACGAUGGCACUAAACUAGCAACAGGAUCAAAAGACACAACUGUUAUUAUAUGGCAGGUUGAUCCAGACACACACCAGCUGAAGUUACUGAAGACGUUAGAAGGCCACGCUUACGGAGUUUCUUAUCUUGCCUGGAGCCCUGACGACAACUAUCUUGUUGCUUGUGGUCCAGAUGACUGCUCUGAGCUGUGGCUAUGGAAUGUACAGACUGGCGAGUUGAGAACGAAAAUGAGCCAGUCCCACGAAGACAGUUUGACAAGUGUGGCCUGGAAUCCAGAUGGGAAGCGAUUUGUAACUGGCGGACAGCGGGGGCAAUUCUACCAAUGUGACCUGGAUGGCAACCUGCUGGACUCCUGGGAGGGCGUGAGAGUGCAGUGUCUGUGGUGCUUAGGUGACGGCAAAACUGUUCUGGCAUCAGACACUCACCAGCGGAUCCGGGGCUAUAACUUUGAGGACCUCACAGAUAGAAACAUCGUUCAAGAAGAUCACCCAAUCAUGUCAUUCACAAUAUCAAAAAAUGGAAGACUAGCAUUGUUAAAUGUAGCUACUCAGGGCGUUCAUUUAUGGGACUUGCAAGAUAGAGUUUUAGUGAGAAAAUACCAAGGCGUGACGCAAGGCUUUUACACAAUACACUCGUGUUUUGGCGGUCACAACGAAGACUUCAUCGCCAGCGGCAGUGAAGGUAAAGAUCACAAAGUGUACGUGUGGCACAAGCGCAGCGAGCUGCCCAUCGCAGAGCUGACCGGACAUACGCGCACAGUAAACUGCGUGAGUUGGAACCCUCAGAUUCCCUCACUGAUGGCCAGUGCUUCUGACGAUGGUACUGUUAGAAUAUGGGGACCAGCACCUUACAUAGACAACCAGGACUUUGAAGAGGAAAUCAGUAGCAUGGACAGUUGAUGGUGAUCGCGCUGAAGACGACUUCUCUCUAACUUAAAAUUAGUCGUAUUUUUAAAAUGGCUUGGGAAUGGUGCAAACAAAAGAUCGAUAGCUGGACAGAUGCUUGUCACAAGAGAUUAAAAAAAACAAUAAAAACAAGCAAACCUACAAGUCUGAUGCCCCAUGGGGGGCAAUCAUUUUCCACCCUGCUUCAUAGUACCCAGCUCCGAUGAAGCACGUCGUUAGAUUGUUAUUGGACACCGUGUUACCCUCUCCCCCCCUUCCAUCGGUUGUGAAGAACUGUGCUAUACUCCAACUCUUCAUCGAACUCAGUAUAUUUUCCCUUCUGCCUUUUUGUCUGGCAGCCUACCAUCCUUGUUGCUCUUCUGUGUAAUGAAGUUUAAAAAAUGCUUGUUUGGAAAAAAAAAAAAAUUAACAGUUUAGAAGGCUUGAUAGAUUGCUUUAGUCUGAGUAUCCAUUUAAUAGGAAAGUAUUUUUUCCUCUCAUUUCAUAAAACUCUCUCUCUGCUUUAUUUAGCUUGAGAUCUUUCCAGCUUGGUUCAUGAGAAAAAAAAAUCGUAGCUUUACGAUUUCUUUUAAUUUUUAUUUCCCCCCCCCCCCCUCACCCCCCCUCCCCUUUCACGGAGGGGGGAAAAAUUGCAAAUUUCCGGUUCCAAAACAGUACACGAUGUGACAUUUUCGAGAACAUCGCAUUUGACAGUAGUAAUAAAAAAAAAAAAAAAAGAAUUUGUAUUUUUCAAACUAUAAAGCAUUAAGUGUGUUACACCCCUGUAUUGGGUUAACAGCACAAUUUUUUUUAAAUAAAUUAUUUAUAGGAAUAUAUCGACUUGAUUUGUAUAAGUUCAAAACUGAAACCAGCUAUUGUAUGUAAUCAUUUAACAGCUGCACGGAAGCCGUUUUUGUUUGCUUGGCAACCAUCGUUGCCCAUAAAGUCAAGCUGGGUGAAGAAUGGGAAAUCCGGUCCCCUCCCCCACCCAACACGACCUCUCCCAAAAACGUUAUCUUGGCGUCCAUUUGUUUUGCUGCUGAUGCUUGACUGAAUUUUCGUUAACGCACAGGGGAUGAACCUUGUUGGGUGAAACCUAAGACGCCUUGUAUUGAAAUGUCUAAAAACAUUUCUACACUUUUUUUUUUUUUGCUGUUUUUGGAGGAUGGGGGGGGGGGGGGGGCAGGAUUCAGUACUACAAUGGGACUUAGGGACUCCAUUGGACAUCGCUGGGAGAUCUCCCCUUGCUCAGAUGCUGUCACUGCCCAAGUUCUCCCGAUCUGAUUCCUUGUGAAGGAUGACAGUCAAGCUUUACCAGUUUUAUCACUUUUUAACCAAGCUAAGGAUAAGUUGGUUGGAAGAUUUAAAGAGACAUGGUCAGCAGCUAAAGUUAUACAGGCACACCCAGUGCUAUUAAAAUGGGAAAAUUGGCAUUUGGCCUCAUUCACACCAUACAGGAAAAAAAAUAAAGGGAAAAACUGUGCAGAUUUCACUGUUUACAUCAGUUUUCAGUACAAGAGAAUGUCACCAGCACACCGUGGAUCUCCAGAAUGAGUCCAAAACUUUAUUCAGCGAUAACAUUGUUUCAGCAGAAGCAACGUUUUAGAGCCCUGCAGGACUUUUGUCAGACAUGUAACUAUAGUUGGAUAGAUCUCGCACCCUGUGUCAUCACUUUCUCCCCUGCCCUCUUCACACCACAAUGUUAAUGUCGCGUCAAUUUUUUUUUCUUUUCCAGGCAGAAAAUCUGCAUACAUCUUGCAUAUUCCUGUGCAGAAAAAAAAUAUCUGCACAUGAUACCAGUGUUGUGGUGUGACCAGGGCACUUGGAGAACAUUUCGUUUUUUUGCACGCAUUCUGCAAAGAGACAAAGUCUUUACCCAUGGUGUGAAUGAGGCCUUGUCACUGAUCUCUUUAUGAAUCUUUGUCUGUGUUCCUGAAAGAUCUGUUGUGGGUUCUCUGACGGUGUCGGAGGCUUCCCUGUGCACUGAGAACGAGGGUUCCCCCCUAAUGAAUGUGCAGCCAUCAGUGAUCACCAUAGUGGUCUGAGAGUAAUCGAUAGUCAAGUUUCAUCACAUUGGGCACCAUGUUUAUCUUCAGCUGAGCAGGGAGCUGUGAUGUCAGUUUGGGUGAUGGGGUGGUGGCAGCAGACAGGCUCAAGAAGCCCUUUAACACUUUUAGGUAGUGUUGCAUGGUUUCACAACAGAUUUCUUAGAAAUGGAGCCAAAUAUUGAUUUGAACUAUUGGUGAACCUUUUUUCUAUAUUUACGUCACUGAGUGUGCCUAUAAAGCUUUUAGGUAGUGCUAGUCUGGUCUUAUUAAAUAAAAUAUACAAAUUUAACAAAAAUAAGCCACAGUAAACAUUACUGUUGUUUUUAUCAAGUGCCAACCAUGCAAAAACACUGGGUGGCAUAGUAACAAUUUGAGCGUUGAUAUGUACACCCCUAUAUUCUAACUAGUAGUGCUAGCAAACCAUACAGUUUACAUAGUAACAGUGCUAGAGUGUCAUGACCAUGUAGUGAAUGUCUCCAGGAGUGUAUAUAGAGUUUUUUUCUGGUGACAGCAGCAGCUUUGGUGAAAAACCAAGCCUGGCCUCUCACCAUUGGUGUUGGGUAGGGAGAUCUCCCAGACUCGGUCCAUGACAGCAGUACAGACCUGCCCCACUUCACCCAGGACAAGAACCUGAUUUGAGUGAUGUUGCUCAUGACAACACAGUAUGCAUUACCUGUAGCAGCCAAUCAUAUUCUUUGAAAAAAAACUAAAUUCUACACAGCAUUGGGUCCUAGCUAUUUUAGUUGGCAUUGACCUGGCAAAAGGAGGUAGGGGCACGUCUAAAAGUUGCACAGGCUGAAACUUUUUUUUUUGGACAAAGCUUUAUUGUUGUUAGAAGCUGAUUGGCUACCGUGCACAACUGCACUGAAUUUUGCACUCUCCAGUUUUAGUAAAUGAACCCCAAUGUCUAUACGUGAUUACUUUCAUAUAAGCCAAGUACCAACUCGGAAGUAUUUUAUGGAAAAGGCAAUUUAACGAAAGAUGGCUGUAGAGAUUUCUGGUGUGAGCUGGCUGUAUUCACUAGACAUAAUGUAAUAGCUGUCAGCUGCACAGUUGUAGUUUAAUGUAUAAGAAUCAUCAGCAUCUCUCAGAAGUUUGCAAUAGAUGGGGGGGGGGGGGGAGCAGCGCAAGUCUAGAAAUGGAUGGCUGCUUAUCCUUGACUUGCUACCAAGACCUGAUGGGAUCUUCCUUGUGAAUCGGGUGUUGAAUUGAUGUAGUGCAUGCACACCAUAAGGUUGAAUGCAGUUUUUUCCCCCCCCAUAGACCAUGGGAUGAUGGGUGAGCAGGCUGAUAUUUUAAUAAACACUUUGAUAAGCGAUGCUGAUAUUCUAAAGUGCAUUAUUACUUUGACAUUAACCCUUCAAUGACCCAGCUGUUGCAAACUGUCUGGACCUGCUAAUAUUGGGACAGUUAUUGCCAUUUUCCAAAUAACAUUCCCCACUUGCUAUAUCAAAAAAGCGGAUUUGGAAUAUUCUGGGGCCUGGCCCUUUGCAUGUCGCUAACUAAAAAUAUAAGCAUCUGAUUGGUUGCUGCAGGCCAUUUACCGUUCUUAUGUUCAAUACCGUUGUGUUGGCCAGACAGGCCAAAUACCUCUGCUAACCAAAUGGCCAACAAUGGCAUCCCAGGGAGAAAUGGGAUGUAUAAGUGCCCUGUUAUUUGCUAGGGCUCCAUCCAGUCAUUUUAUUUUGGAAUGGUUCCGGCAGCUGUUGCAUCUUCGUUUUUAAAAAGUCAAAUUAGGAGAGACCAUCAAGGGUGUCCUCUCGCCUGUUACAGCAGGGAAACCGGACUGUCCCUCCCUUGCCUUCAUUGGUUUUCUCUAGCAGAUUAAACUAUAUGCUUUUUAUGGCU